AUGUUCGCAAUCAUUCUAGAGAAGCUAGGGCUCAUCCCCAAUACAACAAAUGAGGGAAACACACAAGACGAAGAAGGCAUACCUUACGUUCAACUCAACGACGAGUACGACACAACCCUCAGACUAUCAUGGACAAACGACCCAAAGAAGUUAUAUCUUUCCGCUUGUUUCGAUCCCAAGCGCGAGGUAAAUGUUGCAAAAGAUUACAACAUUGAUGGUCUUUGUCCAGUUGUCAAAGAAACAAAAGGCGACGAAUUCAUAUUACGAGACGACGAAGGCCGAUGGUACCUCUGGGAUGCAUGGGUUGGUGAGUUGAUGAAGUUCAAGGAUUGGUGGACCGAGGGAUUCACGACAAAGGAAGAGUUGGUGGAGAAUCUUGUUUGUAACAUGACUGAGGCGCAAGCGGACGUGGAAUUCAUACGGAGAGAGCGUAGAGACAGUGUGGUAGACUAG